AUGGGUAAAUUCUUCGCGGAGUUUCAAAAACUGAAUGAGCUGAUCCGUAUCAUUAUCGCACUGUCCCCUAAAUACGUAGGAACGAAGAAAUUUUUCGAGAUCAUGCGAAUCGUUUUCAAUAUCUUGUUCAUCAUCUGCGAUAACCUUGCCCUUAUGGCGAACUUUAACUUGCUCGCGGUGAAUCGCGUUGCUAUGUCGACGCGGGCGAAGAAGUGUCAGACGUUGGGCUACCUCUUCGCGGCGGUUGUUGAUCUUUUUAACUUAAAGGAUGCGAUUUGGAGGUUGAACUACGACCCUCCGGCGGCGAAAUACGCGAUCUGCAGCUCCGCCUUGCUUUUUGUGCAGAAUUCGACGGAUGCGUUCACGAACAUGUUAUUCUUGGGGUAUCUCAACUUUAUCUUUGCGCCCACGGACGUAUCGAUUGGAAAUCUCACCUGCAUUGCGGCUAUGAUGGGGUUAGUUUCGCAUUGGAGGAAAAUGAAGUAG